UGCAGCUUAAGUUCUACAACUGCAGCCAACUCUUGCUUGGGACAGCAGCCUGCCAGGGACUCAGACACACUUGGGAAAGUCAGCCGCACCGGGGAAGUUGGAACAAUGCUGGGGCCUCUGCUGAUCCCCUUGACAUACUUCUGUCUUCACACCUCGCUGGGAAUCGCUCAGACAAAACGUGAGGUGAAGCUGAGCAUGAUGGAUGACGCUUUUGAUGACCAAUAUCUAGGAUGUGCUAAAAAAAUGGAUGGAAUUGCACCUGGACUGCUAGAAAAAGAAAAGAGCAAGUCCUCACUGCUUAGAACGGUAUGGGAAAAAGCAGAACAACAAUGGGAAAAAGUUAAAAAAAAAAUUUCUCGCCCCAGAGACUUUACAGAUAAGCAGGGAAUAGCCAUAGUAGCCUAUACUGACAAAAUCCAAAUCUACAAUGAAGUUUUUCCAACUACAUUUAAUAAGGCAGUGAGAGAGAAUGGGACAUCUCAAGCGGAUUACAUGGCCAAAUUCCAUUUCAAAGCCUUUCACUAUUAUUUGACAACUGCUCUACAGCUCUUACGAAAGGGGUGUGAUGUGACGUAUAACAGGAAGGUGUACCGGGGCACUCAGACUAAAUACAUAGGAUCAGGUGACAUGAGGUUUGGACACUUUGCCUCUUCAUCAAUUGAGGAAAAAGAGGCUGAAAAAUUUGGUACAAACACAUUUUUCACCAUCCGGUCAUGCUUUGGAGUUGAAAUCUGGAAAUUCUCAUAUGAUCCUCUCCAAAAAGAAGUGUUAAUCCCAGUCCAUGAGACAUUCAAUGCAGCCAAUGUACAAGGGAGUAACCACUUUGUCCUACAGAGCAAAAACCGGACCUGCAGCUAUUUUAACUGCGCGUACCUGGGCGGAGAGAAGAACAAAAAGUGUGUUGACAACUCUGCUACCAGAAGAGGCCUGGCCUUCCCCAGUGUUCUGAGCCCUUCACUGUUUGGAGGACCCAUCCUCCUGGUCCACGUUGCUGCUCUGAAGCUGUUUGCUGAUUUCUAAAUUGUCCUAUUCGUGUCGCUCACUUUUUCUCUCGAACACAAAUCAUGGUGAUGGGAUUUGCCAGAUCCAAAGCCGUCCUGCUAUUCUGCCAGCGUUCCAAAGGGAAACCAGGAACAUGGAGGGAGUGUCACUGGUACCUGCUUGGGCAAGCUUUGAUUAUACGUUAUCAAACAACAUUAUCCGAUAGUUCUAUUCCAGGUGGGAUUUGUUUUACAAUGGUAGAGCUAUAAAUUGAUGCCUGUUAUAUAAAGAAUUACUUGUAUUCCUGUCAUGCUAGCACUUUCGUACCAACUUUUGAUGACUUCAGUAAAAGACUUCUAAGAUA